UUCAAAUGAGAUUGAGUUGAAAACAUUCACUGAACUAAGUUAUAAAAGUAAGGAAAUCAGGCAUUUGCAUAUCACUGAUAUUUAUUUUUCAAAACAAACAAUAUUCAUGAGAGAAACAAUGUCAUCAUCCAUUUGUCACAUGUUAAUAUCACUUCUUCUUUUUGUUUCUCUGCAACAUACCCUUGCAAUUAAACAGUCCUAUAUUGUAUAUUUAGGAUCACAUUCUUUCGGUUCAAAUCCUUCAUUACUUGAUUCUGAAUCUGUCACAAACUCUCAUUAUGAUUUACUUGGAUCUUACCUUGGAAGUACUGAGAAGGCCAAAGAAGCAAUAUUUUACUCUUACAAUAAAUAUAUUAAUGGCUUUGCUGCAAUACUUGAUGAAGAUGAAGCAAAAGAGAUUGCAAAACAUCCAAAUGUUGUAUCAAUGUUUUUAAGUAAAAGAUAUGAACUACAUACGACCCGAUCGUGGAAUUUCCUUGGGUUAGAGACGGACCGUGGAUUUGCUAACGUUUCAGUAUGGAAAAAAUCAUUGGGUGAAGACAUCAUUAUUGGAAAUUUGGACACUGGUGUUUGGCCGGAAUCAAAGAGUUUUAGUGAUGAAGGGUUUGGGCCAAUUCCAAAGAAAUGGAAAGGAAUUUGUCAAGUUGGCAAAGGAAAUCCAGAUAAAUUUUAUUGCAACAGGAAACUCAUUGGAGCAAAAUAUUUUUAUAAAGGCUAUCAGGAACAUCCCGGACCGGCGAAUGUAACCUUUAAUAGCGCACGCGACUUCGAUGGUCAUGGCACACAUACUUUAUCAACUGCUGGGGGUAAUUUUGUUGCUGGAGCCAAUGUUGUAGGGUUUGGAAAUGGAACAGCAAGUGGCGGAUCACCAAAAGCAAGAGUUGCAAGCUAUAAAGUCUGUUGGGAUGGAUGUGAUGAAGCUGAUAUUUUGGCUGGUUUUGAAGCUGCCAUAAGUGACGGUGUUGAUGUACUUUCUGUGUCCUUGGGUGGAAUUUUUCCACAAUUUGGUUCAGGCAAUGCUAUUUCUGUUGGUUCCUUCCAUGCAAUUGCCAACAACGUCAUUGUUGUGGCUUCUGCAGGAAAUUCAGGACCUUCAACCUCAUCAGUAGUCAAUAUCGAACCAUGGACUAUCACCGUUGCUGCUAGCACAAUUGAUAGAGACUUCACAAGUUAUGUUAUUCUUGGUAACAAAAAAAUAUACAAGGGAGCUAGUCUUUCAGAGUUGGAAUUACCACCUAACAAAUCAUAUCCAUUGAUUGCCUCUGAUUGCAAAGAAGGAACUCUUGCUAAACAAAACGUUAAAGGAAAAAUAGUGGUAUGUCGUCGAGGUGGGAGUGCUAGAGUUGACAUGGGUGUGCAAGCUUCUCUUGCAGGUGCUAUUGGAUUGAUAUUGGCUAACGACAGGGAUUCAGGGGAUGGAGUUAUAGCAGAUCCUCAUGUGCUUCCCGCUACAAAUGUUGGCUUUGCAGAUGGCAAUGCCAUUUUUAAUUACAUCGAUCACAGAAACUCUCCUGUGGCUUACAUUACUAAAGUUAAAACAGAAUUGGGCGUAAAGAACAAUCCAACCAUAAGUUCAUUUUCGUCCAGAGGCCCAAAUAAAUUUUCUCCUACAAUCCUUAAGCCAGACAUCACUGCACCAGGCGUCAACAUAAUUGCAGCGUAUACUCUAGCUAACUCUCCAACGGAACAACCAUCUGAUAAGCGUAGAAUUCCUUUUGUUACAAUGUCAGGCACUUCAAUGUCUUGUCCACAUGUUGCCGGAGUAGUUGGACUAGUUAAAUCUGUUCAUCCUGAUUGGAGUCCAGCUGCUAUCAAGUCAGCAAUCAUGACCACAGCAACAACAAACACCAACAAUGGAGUGCAGAUAUUGGAUUCGUAUUCACUAGAAAAGGCAAAUCCUUUUGAUUAUGGUGCUGGGCACAUUCAACCUAAUCUUGCAGUGGAUCCUGGACUUGUAUAUGACCUUAAUAUUACUGAUUAUUUGAACUACUUAUGUGGUGGUAAAUUCCUUAGUGACGACUUUAAAGCGUUUUACGGAAAGCCUUACACUUGUCCAAAAUCAUUCAGUGUAGAAGAUUUCAAUUAUCCAUCCAUCUCAAUUUAUGCAGCUAACGUUUAUGUAUACAAGUCUUUUAGUGUUACUCGUACGGUUACCAAUGUCGGGCCCCCAAGUGAGUAUAGAGCAAAGAUCGACGAACCUCUACUAUUUCAUGUCACAGUUGAGCCUGAGAUAUUAAGAUUUAAACAUAAGGGUGAGAAAAAAGAGUUCAAGGUUUUAUUCACUUUGAAGCAGCGUAGUUAUGUUAUUAGUGAAUUUGAAUUCGGGAAGUUGACUUGGAGUGAUGGAAAGCAUCAUGUUGGGACUCCAAUUACAAUAUUGUGUAACUUUCUUUUUCUCCCGCUUUCAAUAAUAUAUCAAUGUUGUUUAAAUGUUAUCUUUGAUUUAGGCAAUUCACCUUUCUUUUCUCCACUUUGCAUGAAAUACUAUGUUGCCUUUUUCCUUUCUUUUUAGUUUGUACUAGAUAUUGUUUAUUUUUUACACAAAUUUUAUAUAAAUGCAUCAACUUUUUGCAUUUAUAUCAAAUUUAUAAAAUAAUCAAUAUUAAAUAUUUCAAUUCUCAA